AUGGCGGACUUUCCGCGCCUCGCGACCCUCAUACUCGCGUCGUACGAACCCGACUUACCUAAGUGCCUACAGCUCCUAGAGUCCGUUUCCGACGAUCACGGUAACACCCCCCCGCAAACCGACGCUGCCGCUGCCGGGAAACCAUCCAAACAAAGCGACUCCGACGCCACGCACGCGCAAUCGGCGAAGGAAAAGGACCCCGAUUCCGAAUCCAACGGCAAGGACGGUCAGCCGAAAGGAAAGCGGGAAGUGAUAGAGGCGCGCGUGCUGCGGAAGGUGGAGCAGCGGGAGACGGAGGGGCAGUGCCCGUCGUACCUAGUGUACCUGGACGAGGCGAAUGAAGACAUCACCGUGGCCAUGCGCGGCAUGAACCUGACUCAAGUGUCGGACUAUGCGAUCCUCAGGAACAACCGCAAGGGCAAGCAGAUGUUUGAUGGAGGCUACGUGCACUGCGGGCUACUCGCAGCGGCAGGCGCGUUUCUAGACCUCGAGAUGGACCAUCUCAAGCGCCUGCUGCGCCGCCACCCCACUCACACUCUCACACUCACGGGCCACUCCAUAGGCGCGGGUGUGGUGGCGCUGGCAGCCAUGGUGCUGGCCAACAACCUGCGCGAGCUGGGCCGCGUGCGCAGAGGCCGCAUCCGCUGCGUGGGGUUCUCUCCUCCGCGCUCUGCUUCUCUGAACCUGGCAGUGCGCCAUGCGGAUAUCAUCACCUCGGUCGUGCUGCAGGAUGACUUUCUGCCCCGUGUGAUGCACCCGCUCGCUCUAGUAUUUGGAGUCACCUUCUGUCUGCCGUGUGUGCUGCAAUAUUCAUGCUGCCACGACACGUGUGUGCCGGAGCAGAAGAGACUGGCGGAUCCCAGAAGGCUCUAUGCACCUGGCCGCCUCUACCACAUGCUCUACACACAGCGCUGCAGCUGUGAGGACCUGCCCCCGGUGGCGCUGACGGCCAUUCCAGUGGAGGGGCGGUUUGAGCACGUGGUGCUGUCGCGCACUGCCACUCGCGACCACACGCUGCCCCUUAUCGCUGCGAAACUGCACCAGUUCCUGCAGGACCCUGCUGUGCUUGCAGCAGACUAUGAGAGGGAUGAUGAGGGGGAGGAAGAGGAGGAAGUGGAGGAGGAUGGGAUGCAGGUGGGGCAGUCAGACUCGGACAGAACGUCCACAGGAGAUGCUCAGGGUGUGCAGUCGGAGAGUGGCGAGGCUGAUAAAACUGCCGCCGGUAGCAGUAGUAGUGCUGGUGGCGGUGGUGGGAAGCCGCUGCAGGCGCAUGAAUCGUCAGCGCAAGUGCACAAGCGGUGGCAGGAUCUGAUAGAAGCGUUGAUGUCUGAUGAGGUAGGGGGUGCCAGGGCAGGGGGUUCAGGUGAUGUUAUAAAAGAGUGCCCAUCCGGAGGCAGUGCGGGCCAUGGGCAAAGUGGGGCUGGAGGUCAAAUUGGAUAUGCCUUGGUGCCCAUGAUUGCUCGUGGCAUUCUCCUCGGCCCUGACCAGCCGGUCAUCCUUCACCUUCUUGAUAUCCCUCUUGCCGAGAGCUCCCUCAAUGGCGUCCGCAUGGAGCUCAUUGACGCCGCUUUCCCCCUCAUUCACGGGGUCGUCGCGACGACGGAUGUUGAGGAGGCAUGCAAGGGUGUCCAGGUGGCCAUUAUGGUGGGAGGUUUCCCCCGCAAGGCCGGCAUGGAGCGCAAGGACGUUAUGUCCAAGAACGUCUCCAUCUACCGCGAUCAGGCCUCCGCUCUGGAGAAGUUCGCCGACAAGGACUGCAAGGUGGUGGUCGUUGCCAACCCCGCCAACACCAACGCGCUCAUCCUCAAGGAGUUCGCGCCCAAGUUCCCCGCCAAGAACAUCACCUGCCUUACCCGCCUGGACCACAACCGCGCUCUCGGCCAGAUCUCGGAGCGCCUGGGCGUGCCGGUGGCGAACGUGAAGAACACCAUCAUCUGGGGCAACCACUCGUCUACCCAGUACCCCGAUGUGAACCACGCCGUCGUCCUCACUCCUGAGGGCGAGAAGGCCGUGCGCGAGCUUGUCAAGGACGACGCUUGGCUCGAUGGCGAUUUCAUCAAGACCGUUCAGCAACGUGGUGCCGCCAUCAUUGCGGCCCGCAAGUUCUCCAGUGCUCUGUCCGCUGCUUCCUCUGCCUGCGACCACAUCCGGAACUGGGUGAAGGGCACACCCGAGGGCUCAUGGGUGUCCAUGGGAGUGAUUUCUGACGGUUCGUACGGCGUUCCCAAGGACAUCAUCUACUCCUUCCCUGUCACCUGCAAGGAUGGCGAGUGGACCAUUGUGCAAGGGCUGUCAAUCGAUGCCAACUCAAGGGCGAAGAUGGACGCCACAGCAGCAGAGCUUGUCGAGGAGAAGGAGCUUGCAUACGAGUGCCUGAAGGCGUAA